UGUGGUGUAUUUUUUAUGUCCACACAACGAAUGCAAUUGUGAUAUUUGGGAGAAUAUUACUUUCGGAAAUCAUGGAAUCUAUUGAGCAGUAUGACGCCAACCGCGACGAAUUAAUCAUACAACAGCAGCGAGAAAUAGAAAAAGAAAUCAGCGAUACAACUCCUCUUGUGAGUGAGCAACUGCCGCUGACUUGUUUACAGGAGGAAUAUAAUGGGGACGAAAUCUUUACCGAUAAGAUUCAAGAGCUUUCCAAAAAAUACAAAUUUAUUCGACGAACUCGUCCCGAUGGAAAUUGUUUCUUUCGAGCAUUUGCUUAUUCAUAUUUAGAGUAUUUGAUCACCAACAACAGUGCUUACCAAGAAUUUCAAAAACUUGCCGAGGCUUCUAAGGACAAGCUUGUACAACUUGGCUUUCCCAGUUUCACAUUGGAAGACUUUCAUGAAACUUUCAUGGAUGUGAUAAGGCGCGUUUGUCCAAAGGAUGCGGAAACAACUGGAAAAGUUAAAACCGAACUGCAUACUGUAUUUAACGAUCAGGGAUAUUCCGAUUAUGUAGUCGUCUAUUUGCGUCUCAUAACAUCAGGCAAACUGCAGGAAGACGCUGAUUUUUAUCAACAUUUCAUAGAGGGUGACUUUUCCAUUGAAGAGUUUCGUCAUCAAGAAGUCGAACCCAUGUACAAGGAAUCCGACCACAUACAUAUCAUCGCACUCUGCACAGCGCUGGGAGUGGGCGUGCGAGUUGAGUACCUGGACAGGGGGGAAGGUGAUCAAGUGAAAGCGCAUGAUUUCCCUGAAGGAUCAGAGCCAAAAGUUUAUCUUAUCUAUAGACCAGGGCAUUAUGAUAUAUUGUAUCCAAACUGAAGUUGACAUUGCAAAAACAUGUGUACGACUGUCAGCAUAUAUAGUACAUAAUACUGCUUUAGACUUUAGUCAAUUAAGAAAUAUAAUAUUACCUAACGUCACAUGAAACAUU